AUGUUGGCCUGGCUUGUGGGCUCGGAUAGCAGACCGCCUGCUCUCCUCAAAGUAAGAAGCUCGGCUACGUUCAUCAUUAUCACGGUCUCGACAUCGAUCUUUACGGACAUCUUCCUCUAUGGAAUUGUAGUACCAGUCUUGCCUUUCGCUCUCACCUCGAGAUCGAGCAUCCAGCCGGAUCAGAUACAGACAUGGAUCUCGAUCUUUCUGGCCGUGUAUGGAGCGGCUUUGUUGGCCGCUGCGCCGGUAUGCGGAUGGUUGGCCGACCGGACAUCGUCGAGGAGAUUGCCUUUCGUCCUCGGUCUGGUGGCGCUGGCGGCAUCGACUGUGAUGUUGUGCAUCGGUAACAGUAUUGGGGUAUUGGCUGCCGGUAGGGUCUUGCAGGGGAUCAGUGCUGCUGUGGUAUGGGUAGUGGGAUUGGCACUACUUGUCGACACGGUCGGCUCAGAAGGCGUGGGCCAGGCGAUGGGCUACCUUGGGUUGAGCAUGAGUCUGGCUAUCUUGCUUGCACCACUCCUAGGAGGCGUCGUGUUCGCUGCUUCUGGGUACUAUGCAGUGUUUGCCAUGGCUUUUGGCUUGAUAGGCUUCGAUAUUGUGAUGCGACUUGUCAUGAUCGAGAAGAAGGUGGCGCUCAGAUGGCUUCCUCGGGAAGAAGUCAUACCAGACACGAAGAAGCAGGACAUGCCACCAUUAGACACUAGGAAUCCUGCUCUGGACCUUCAAGAAAUACCUGCCUUACCGGUGAUGGAUGACACAGCAAACAAGGAGGCCGCUACCUCUGACACUGCAAAGACGACACCACCUGGCACUCGACGACCUCUUGGCAAGUUCGCGAGCCGCUUACCAGCUGUGAUCUAUCUCCUAUCAUCUCGACGAGUUCUAUCAGCACUGUGGGCCUGCUUGGUACAGUCCUCGCUGCUCACAGCGUUCGACUCUAUGCUUCCGCUCUACGUUCGAGAUACCUUCCACUGGAAUUCGACAGGUGCUGGCUUGAUAUUCCUGCCGAUUGUCGUCGUUUCCUUCCUCGGACCACUGAUAGGUCGUGCUAGCGAUCAAGUCGGACCUCGAUGGUUUGCUACUGCUGGCUUUGUGAUAGGAUGCCCUUUCAUAAUGCUAAUGCGACUUGUGGAUCACAAUUCGCUCACGCAAAAAGUGCUUUUAUGCGCACUACUGGCUCUCUUCGGCUUGGCUAUGACUCUGGUAAUUACCCCCAUCAUGGCUGAGAUCACUUAUGCAGUAGACGCUAAAGCACGACGGCAUCCACCCGGCUUUUUUGGCAAGAAUGGUGCAUAUGCUCAAGCAUAUAGCUUAUUCAACAUGGCUUGGGCCGCAGGCUGCUUCAUAGGACCACUGAUGGGAGGUCUGAUCAACCAGAGAGCAGGUUGGGGUACCUCGACACUUGUGCUUGGUUGUCUCUCAAUAUUCACUGCUCUGCCUACCGCUGUAUGGACGGGCGGUAGUAUCUUCAAGCAAAGGAAGAGUCGCCGAGAUAAUCUUCAAGAGCCGCAGGCCUGA